CUCGCACGCUACGAACUGCUACGUUACGUAGCCUCAUCGUUCCUCGUACAUUAGGUACACUACGCGCCCGUGUCUUACCUGUGACUGUGACGUUAACGAAUCAACUAGAAUUGCCAGUGAGCGGUGUAAGUGCUACAUUAGAAAAGUAAAAGUGCUCGCAAUACAUAAUACCAGAAAAUAAGCUCACUCUGAUCUCAGUUUUUGAAGAGAAGGAUACAGUCAAAAAAUUGGCGUCAGUAGGAAUACUUGUCUAGCGUUCGAGUUUGAUGGCGACCAUGCGGGGAGGCGCAGGUGGAUAGCAUGAUAGCGCCUGCCACGGCGGCCUAAUGGCGCUUGUGCGCCGGAUACUAGGCGACGCCCAGGCGAAACUUCGCAAAAUGGUAGACGAGCAAGUGUCAGUGGGCACGAGAGUUGAGGCAGAUGCCGAACCCGAGCCAGCGGACCCACUUAUCACCCCCGCAUGCUCGGCCCUCGACAGAAGUGACGACCCGCGUCCUGUCCCACCCGAACGACGCCUUCUCAUCAGCACUCUUGACAAACCGCGCAAUGGAUCGCUGAAUGGGGACAAAGAAGGCACGUUGAAUAGGUCUACGCGACUCACGAUCAAGAAUGGGAAGGAUAAUCCAUUUAUAGUAUCCUCCCCUGACGACGAUAACAAGGAAAACCAGGCGAACGGUAAAAUAGAUUCACCAGUGAAAUGGUCCACGCAAAAUGGGAGCGACAGUGGAACGUAUGCCGAAAUAGGCACUGCAGGGAACAGUAACAGCGACAGGAAUGUUUUAGAUCCCGCUGAUAGCUCUGAGGAAGAAGUUCCAUUGCCAGAUGCAACUUCCCCCGGUAGAAGUAGUGAUGGACCGGAACCUAGAGCUGAUAUUACUGCAACUCUUGAAGGAGGUUCCGGUUCCCCGGGUGGGCGUUCAGACCGGUCGCGGCAGGAAGAGGUGCCCGCGUCCCCGGGGAUGCUCACCGCAGCGCAGCUGGCCCGGCGGCUACGUCUUGAAAACGAACGUCUGCAGGCGGAACUGACGCGUGUACGGCGUUUGUUGGUAGCGGCCGCGGAGAGGGGAGAGGCGGGGAAUGCUUUGAUAGAGAGGGCCCAGGGGGACACACAAGAUGGCACACCUCUCGAUCCGCAGCAGUUGGAGAAAGAGCUGCUACUGGCUAGAGAAGCUGUUAAUUCUUUGAAAGCCGACAAGAAGCGGCUCAAAGCGGAGAAAUUUGAUUUGCUGAAUCAGAUGAAGCAACUGUACGCGACUCUCGAGGACAAAGAGAAGGAGCUCAGGGACUUCAUUAGAAAUUAUGAGCAGAUGCGGUCGCGUAGCGGCGCGUCGUCGGCGCUGGGUGCUGAACGCGCAGAGCGUGAGCGCGAGCGUGCGGCGCUGCUGCGACAUGCGCGCGACGAGGCGGAACGCUCGCUGCAGCUCGCCGCCGCGCUCAGUGCGCGCGACACGCAGCUGCGACACGCGAGGGAACAACUUUUCGAAGCUCGAAGACAGUUGCAGGCUGCCGGCUGCCUCUCCGAAGGCGAAAGUGUGGCGUCGCUCGGAAUCGGGCCGCCGAUGCUCCUUGGUGGGCCUUCAGGAUUGAUCGGAGAUCGUGGCAGCUGCAGCGCCGACUCUGGCGUUAGAGCCUUGUCAGUGACAGGUAGUAGUGACGGCGGCGCCACCUCUGUAUGCGGCGGGAACCUCUCCGACUCCACUGCGGAAGGAGUUCCACCAACCAUCGACCCCUACGACACGGAUGCCGCGUCUCUCGUUUCUUCAGCGCAUCCUAUAUAUCAACUGAGCACUCCGCGCGACUGUAGUCCAACUCUGUCGCCACACAACAGCGCGUCAUCCUUCACUCGCUCCAUAGACGCAGGAUCUUUGUCCAGGUCAGUAGAGCAAUUAUCGAGCCCGGGAGAGUGCGACUCUGGUCUGGUGGGUAUGAGGUCCCGUGCGGGUGGCUCCAAGGGUGGAAGAGGCAGGGGUUCCGCUUGGGGCUCGAUCUCACGCGUGUUUGCCCGUAGCCGACACCGCACCAAGUCCGGCAGUGCGGCCAGCAGUGGACAUGAGAGUGAGCCGGUGUACGCGGGAACUGGAGUGGGUCGCGCGUGGUCGCCUCUCGGCAGCGAGGCAGCGCUGCGGGAGGCGGCGUCACUGCCGUUGUCGCGGUGGCGUGCGCCCGCCAUCAUCGCGUGGCUUGAACUCGCGCUCGGCAUGCCGCAGUAUGCCGCCGCGGUGGCCGACAACGUCAAGAGCGGAAAGAUCCGUGCUUUGAAUGGGCAGGUUCUGCUCGAGCUGACAGACACGGACCUAGAGGUGGGCUUGGGGAUCGCUCAGCCGAUGCACAGGAAGAAGCUGCGACUCGCCAUCGAGGAGAGGAGGAGACCCGACCUCGUGCGCAACCCCAGCGUGGGACAACUGACGCACGCCUGGGUCGCCGCAGAGUGGUUGCCGGACCUCGGCCUCUCGCAGUACGCUGAGUCGUUCUUAGCUAACUUAGUGGACGCGAGAAUGCUGGAUACUAUUAGCAAGAAGGAAUUGGAGAAGUACCUCGGUGUCACGAGGAAGUUCCACCAGGCAUCCAUCGUCCAUGGCAUACAUCUGCUAAGGAUAAUGAAAUAUGAUAGACAAGCUCUGGCAGUGCGACGACAUCAAUGUGAAAACGUGGACGCUGAUCCACUGGUUUGGACCAAUCAGAGGUUUAUACGUUGGGCGCACAACAUCGACCUAGGCGAAUUCGCUGAUAAUCUCAAAGACAGCGGUGUCCACGGUGGUUUAGUGGUCCUAGAACCGUCUUUCACUGGAGAGACAAUGGCUACAGCUCUCGGAAUACCACCAUCAAAAAGUAUAAUCCGAAGACAUUUAGUUGCAGAGUUUGAUGCUCUGGUUAUUCCUGCGAGGAAUAUGUUCGGCCAUCAAAUAAGGAUGUUAGGACGACCCUUUUCGAGAUCAGUGGCCACCGGCCUGCCUGGAAUUGACUUCAGUGCUGAUUCCAGAAGACAUAGUCUGAGGGGCUCGAUAACCCGAGCGUUAGGUGUAUUAAAACCUAAACACGACCGCGCCUCGCCCUCCAGCUCGAGCGAGAGUUCCAGCGUGAUGAGUCUAACACAACCUUACCACAUGUCGUACUCCCCCCCUAUAGCGGUCCGUACGCUUUCCCAACUGAGCAUGACGUACGCUCCGCCGCCGACCCUGCAGGAGUACGAGCCGAUAUACACUCCACUGAGUUUGUACUCUCAGUCUAGUGUGUCUACGAGAGACAGCUUACAGCGACUUAAUGAUAUCAAGGAAACGAGUAUUACGCACAGGUACGGUCACAAAGCAGACCACGCUCAUCGAGUCAGCUCGCCGCUGCCAGCAAAAACCAGCGACGACUCUGUGAAGCAACGGAGACAUCGACGAGUCAAGAGCAUCGGCGACAUUAACGCAUCCAGUAAAACAACCGUUUAAAUGAAUGUAUCAUUUAACGAUAAAUAAAUGAAAAAUAAUUAGUCAAAUGCUACUUUUAUUUAUUCAAAUAAUGUGUGUUUAUGUAAUUUAGCCUUCGAGAAUCAUUAUUUGGUAAUCAAUUUACUCCGUGGAGUACUUCUUUAAAAUACAUGCUCUGCUUUUACUCAUAACAAUAAUUGAUU